UCGGGGUCGAGUGCCGUCUCGGGGUCCCCGGACCCCCGCUCUCCGUGCGCCUCGGCGUGGAGACUGAGGCAGCCGGGGCCGCCAGCGGGGCCGCGCCGCGCCGGCCGGGAGCGCGCGAGAAAUGCCUAAGAAAAAGACGGGAGCCAGGAAAAAGGCUGAAAACCGCCGAGAACGAGAAAAACAGCUGAGAGCCUCCAGAAGCACUGUGGAUUUGGCCAAACACCCUUGCAAUGCUUCCAUGGAAUGUGACAAGUGUCAGAGGCGACAGAAGAACAGAGCAUUUUGCUACUUUUGUAAUUCUGUCCAGAAGCUACCAAUCUGUGCACAGUGUGGAAAAACGAAAUGCAUGAUGAAGUCUUCAGACUGCGUCAUCAAGCAUGCUGGUAUAUAUAGUACUGGCCUUGCCAUGGUGGGUGCAAUAUGUGACUUCUGUGAAGCCUGGGUUUGCCAUGGCAGGAAAUGUCUCAGUACCCACGCCUGUGCCUGCCCGCUGACGGACGCGGAAUGUGUUGAGUGUGAGCGGGGCGUGUGGGACCACGGAGGUAGAAUAUUCAGCUGUUCUUUUUGUCGUAACUUUCUCUGUGAAGAUGAUCAAUUUGAGCAUCAGGCCAGCUGCCAAGUUUUAGAGGCAGAAACAUUUAAAUGUGUUUCAUGCAAUCGGCUUGGUCAGCAUUCGUGCCUCCGUUGUAAGGCUUGUUUCUGUGAUGAACAUACAAGGAGCAAGGUGUUUAAACAAGAAAAGGGAAAACGACCUCCCUGCCCUAAAUGUGGACAUGAAACUCAGGAGACCAAGGAUCUUAGCAUGUCAACACGCUCUCUGAAGUUUGGCAGGCAGACGGGAGGUGAGGAGGGAGACGGAGCCUCUGGGUAUGAUGCGUACUGGAAGAACCUUUCCUCUGAUAACUACGGUGCGCCUGGCUUCCACGACGAGGAAGAGGAAGAAGAUGACGCGGAGGAGGAUGAAGAGGACGAAGAUGAAGGCGGGAAGGAUUCAGAUGUUGAGUCCUCAGAUCUGUUUACUAACUUGAAUUUAGGAAGGACCUAUGCCAGUGGCUACGCUCACUAUGAGGAGCAGGAGAACUAGGAGAGUGGCUCGUCGCUGGCAGCCGUGUGUGAGACAGAAUGGGUUGAGGAGUCCCAGGUAGAUGUUUAAAAUGCCACCACGCGGCUCUGUGCAUUAGAGGAAACACUAGGCCCAGGAGUGGGCGGAGCAUUCUUAUAAUGACUUCAGAUUUACACCUUUACCAUAAGAAAACAAAUUUCAAAUGUAAGUCGUUUGUUGUUCCAGGCAAAUGAAGUAUCAUGGAUUGGAUUGUUGUUGAUUUCAGUAAGCUAGUAGGUUCUGCCAAGUACAUGCAUAAACACCAGAAUAAAGAAUAGAAAGGUAAUAUAUUUAUUUGAAGUUAAAUUACUGCUUUUAUUUUUUAAAAAAUCACUGCUUAUAGAUUCCUUGUGUCUGAUUUUAUAAACUGUAAUGGGAAAAAUUGAUUUCUGUAUCUUUCCCUUUAUUUCUGUCCACAGAAUAAAUGUUAUAUUCUAAAUUUUCA